AUGCGCUUUAUACUGUUGUUUCUGCCAUUAUUAAUAGGAAAAGUGUUUUGUUGCAAAGAUGGAACUCAUUGUAAUCAGUUGUUCAAUGUUCGGUUUCCCCAAAUAUCGAAAAGCUCGAAAUGUAAUUUGCGGGUUGUCAUGUUAGCUCCCGACCUUUUCCCGAAAGAGUUGUUGAAACCCACUAGUGAACGUAUUUUCACAAAUGUUGAAUGUCCGAGAACUUGUGGUUGCCCCAAACCAGUGGUAGUUGUAAAGCCUGAGACCAAAUUACAAGAAAUUUAUAAAAACAAUACAGAUUUCAAACAGCUUAUAACGAACUUAGGAAACGAAGGAAUAAAUGUCUCCACAGAUGGAGCUCUAGAACGAUAUGAUAUAUUCGUGAAAAACAAGGCAACAGUUGAUGCGCAUAACAAAAACUUCACCAAGAAACUCACAUCAUAUAAAAUGGCCUUAAACGCAUAUAGUGUCAUGAAGCCCGAUGAAAUCCCUCCUAAUAAUCUAGAGAUCGACAUAGCACCUACAACUCUAACCAAAGAACAAAUUGAGUCUGCCAAAAGCCUUAGGAGUAAAAGGAGUAUCAACUCCAUCAAUUGGAUGCCUCGAAUGCGUCGAAUUUUAGAUCAAAAAACCUGUGGAGGGUGUUGGGCUUUUGCCAUGAAUGCCGCAGUAGAAGGAUUCCUAAACAUAUCAAAUUUGACUUUGGACGAUUCGCUUUCGGUACAGCAACUACUUGACUGUGAUAGGAAAACGAAUUCAGAUUUCAAACUUAAUAACAAAGGUUGUGGGGGCGGUUACUUCCAGAUUGCUGCUUCUUACUUGAGAACUACGGGUGUUGUGGGAUAUGAUGACUACCCAUUCACUUUAUCAAGUAGUGGAAUGUGCCGUACGAACUUAUUGCCUGUGGCUCCUAGGAUAAAAAAGUUCGACAGUGGCUUCGUUGUUACCAACUCGAGCGAACAAGUGGAAGCUCUCAAUAAAAUGAUGGAAGCACGCUUGUCAAAGGGUCCGGUCGCUAUUGGGAUGGCUGUGGUUGAUGAAGUAUACAAGUAUUCGGAAGGAAUAUACGAAGGUCCCUGCGGAACUUCAAUCAACCAUGCGGUUGUUUUAGUUGGAUACACAGAUGAAUAUUGGAUAAUUCGCAAUAGCUGGGGGCUAAACUGGGGUGAAAAUGGAUAUAUUAGAAUAAAGAGAGAGCGUUCAACAGAUCCAUGUCAACUAACUAGGUAUUGGAGUCAACCCAUUGAGAUAGGAACAUGGACCGAUCCAGUAGUUGUGCCGGGGGGAGUUUAUAUAGCAGAUGAACCAAGCACGGACAAUAGUACACAAAAUAAAGUUGACUGUGAUGGCUGUGAAAAAUGUGACGACUGUGAGGAUGAUGAUGAUGAUGAUGAUGACGAAAUAGAUGAAUAUUAUGCAAAUGAGUUUUAUGGUGAAGGGACAAAAACAUCUACAAAGUCAACAUCAACAUCAACAUCAACAUCAACUUCAACAUCAACAUCAACUUCUACAUCAGCAUCAACUUCAACAUCUAGGCCAACUACAAGAGCAACUACGAGAGCAACCACACGGGCAAUUACAAAAGCAGCUAUUACAGCAGCGACAACAAGAAGAACAACAGAGAAAACUUUGAAAGUUAUAGAAAAGGCUACCGGACUCCUAGAACAACUGAAGAAAUCUGCGGGAAAGAAUAAAUAUCGUAGAUUCUAA